AUGAUUGACCUAAGCUUCCUGACAGAGGAGGAACAAGAGGCAAUAAUGAAGGUGCUGCAACGGGAUGCAGAGCUUAAAAGAACUGAAGAAGAGAGAGUCAGGCAUUUACCAGAAAAAGUCAAAGACCAUGUUCAGCUGAAGAAUAUGAGUGGGCAGUGGUUUUAUGAGGCCAAGUCGAAGAGGCACAGGGAUAAGAUCCAUGGAGCAGAUAUUAUCAGAGCUUCCAUGCGCAGGAAACCUGCCACCAUUGCUGAAGUGGGUCAGAACAAAACGAGCAAAGCAAAGAUCAGCUGGGUGAACAAUGUUAACAAAGAAGUGUUUGUGCCACCAGAUCUACAUGGCAUUGAGGAGCAUCAAGAAGAAGAACAACAGAAAACUAGUUGGAGUUCUAAAGAAGUAAACCCUGUGUUAAACAAGCCAGAGGGAAGACCUGUGAAGGCAGCAGUCUCAUCAGUAAGGCAAAGGAGAAAUCCAUUUAAUUCCACUGUAUCAGAUGAUACCUUGAACAGUGUGGAAUCAGAAGACAGACCAGUCAUUGUACCUCAGCUAUCAAAGAAGGAAAUUUGGUCACUCCCAGAAGACAGCCCACUUAAAUCAAACUUACAAAAUGAUAAAACAGAUAAACCUGAGAAGCCUUCUACAGAACUUACUGAUGAAUCACUGAAGGAACUAGCUAAGCGUCCUGUCCCAAAAGCUAGGAAACUAAUUCACAAAGCAGCAGAUUCUCAAAGAGAAGACCUUGUUCCCAAACCAACCAAGCAGGCUGAGAGGGUUAAUGGCAUUGGUACCCCACCCAAGGGCAUUCUGAAGCGCAGCUCAAGCUCAAGUUCCACUGACUCAGAAGUUCGGGUCAGUCAGACUUUAGAUGUUCAGAAAAAGAAUGGUCUUGCUACUGCAACUAUUUUUGAAGGAGAAGGUGAGAAGAACUCUUUUAUAGAAGAAGCAGAAAACUCCACACAAAAUUCACUAGAAAAACUGAAACAAGUGAGGUUUUCAUCUAGCUCAGGUAAAGGAAAAUCUCUGCAAAGCCCACAGCUACACCAUGGUAAAGAAAAAGGAGAUCAUGAUAUCUUAAAACUUGACAAAAAAGAGAAUGGUGAAAAUUAUGCUGUUCAAUCAGAUUCACUUGGGAAUAAGCAAAUUUCUGCUGCAAAGCCUUCGGGAACCUAUUCAUCAACUUUAAAAAUGAAAACAGUAGAUGGCUUACAAGAAGACACAUCUGCAUCCACCCCUCAUGACAGUAUCAGAUCAGACUUCCUGGUUAGUGAAAGCUUCCAGACAGAUACAGUUACUCCCAAGAAACUUGAAACUCCACAGAAGACCUCCAGCAAUAUCCUGUCAAACCACAAUAAUGAACGGAGUGUUGAUGAGACACAUGAAAAAAAAUCCAACCAGAUCUUGAGCCAUGAAUCAGAGUCACACAAAAACUUUACUGAUGGACAUCAACUUUCUGCUGAAACAGAAGCACAUGAGGUGUCCAAUACCAAUUCUACAAGUCUUCAACAAGGUAAGCCUGAUCUUGUUGAGGAGAGAGAUGCUAAAACCAUUUUCAAGCCUGGCAAGCAUGCUGAUGAACUCCUGAAAGUGGACGAUGAAUCUGUGUCAAAAGUUUUAGACUGGUUUAAAAGAAGUUCUAGUAAUGAAGAUGAGGAAGAUGUAUCAACAAAGUCCCAAGGCAGGGUGCCCAGAGAGGAAGUGGAUGUGUCAAUCAGAACAGCAGUUCUUCCUACAAAGCACAGUGGGCCUGGCAUGCAUGGAAAAACAGAAGAUACAGAAGAGACACCAUUUGGAGAGAUUAAACAACAGAGCAGAAUUCCAUCUACAUCCUUUACUUCAGAAAACACACAGCUGAUAAAGGAGAGGGUGAAGCCUAAGAUAGGGGAAGCAAAUGAGAAGCAAAAUGAUAAAUUGCUGACUGAAUUUGAUUGUGCGAGAGUUGAAGAAAAAGAACAUGGUCGAGAAAUCAAACAACAAAAUAAAAAAUCAAGUCUCUUGGACCAUCAAGGGCACAAGUUACCAGCUCAGAAAUUUGAAUCAGAGAAGGCAAUACAAGAAAAAAGAAGAAUAAGGGAGAUCAGAGCAUUCUGGGAAAGGAAUAAAACUAUCCCCAGUCAUGGAGAGAAAGAAGUUAGUAUCAAUGCUGAUGUGUCAGGUGGCCAUGCAUUAACAGGUCUCAGUGAAAGUGAUCAGCUAAAGAGAUCUGCAGUGUAUCUACCCAAGGCAUUGCAUAAUCCGAGCAAGAAUACAUUGAGAAGUCUUGAAGUAAGUUGUGCAAGCCAGGUUUCAAGAAACAAAAGUUACCAUUCUUUUGAAUCAGGACCAAGCCAUGCAUUUAGAAAGCCAGAAGGGGCACUUCAAUCUGGUGAACUCCCAAAAGCCAGUAAUUUGCAUCCAAGAGUUGGUGUCACUUCAGCUUCCUCAAAAAGCAAAGAUGAAGAUGAGAAAGCAACUCUUAAAGGGAAAGUUGCUGCUUCUUCCCAACAGAAGCCCAGCUUCCAGGUUUUGUCUUUAAAAGAAAAGAUGAAUGAAAAGUCCAAGAAUCAAAUUUUAGAUCCUUCACACUUCCAGAGUCUGAGAAACUUCUGGGAUACUGGAGUUAAAUUCCAAAGUAGCAUUGACAGUGAAGAUGAUUCUUUGCCAAAUAAUACUAGAUCAAUAACCUAUGAAAGAAAAUCAAAGGAAGAUAAAAAAGGCAAAGAUAAUGUGAGCAAGCAAGGGUUGAGUCAACAACAACCCCAAACAUCUGAGAGAGAAAAACCACAGAAACUAGAUUCUGAGAUAUGCAAAAAGUCUUUAGGAUCUCCUAUCCUAAAAGGUCUGAAUAUGACACACACAAAAAAUACAGACUCUCUCCAGCUGGACAGACAACCAGUUAUCUCAAAAUCCCAGGAAAAGAUGGAUCUUCCAGAGCAAGAAGUUAGAGAAUGUACAGAAAAAGGCAUUGUUUCUUCAAAAGAUCAUCAUGUAUCCUUGCAGCUCCAGUCACCUGGUGAUAAAGGUGCUUUAAAAGAGACAGUAGUAGGUGAUAAAGUAUAUUUACCUAUAGAAAAAGGGGAAAACAAGACUACUCCUUUGGAUAAAGAGGAAGUUGCAGAGACUGUGGAUAAAGUUGUUCUACCUUCAGGUGAGCUUGAUAUAUUUAAGUCAUGUCUAAAGAAGGUAGAAAAGGAAGCCUCUGAGAUGUCAUGUAGCUUAAACCUAAAAGAAAACAUUUUAAAAGGGACACAUUUUCAGUCAAAUCAGUGCAAGGUCUUUGAGAGAACAGGGGACGACUGUCAUAAUACUUCUCCUGAUGAUCAAGGACAAGAAAUAGGCAAAAGUACAGGACAAGUGAAUGUGUCAUCAACAAAUAAGCAAGAGAAUAGAAAAAGUCUCAGAAAACUGUUUAGGGAAUUUGAACCUUUGUAUCUACAAUAUCAGGCAUUAGACAAGGAUGAUACUCUUGAGGGCUCUCAGAGGCCUCAAGAUGGUUUGGAGAACCUUCUCACGCAGACUCAUGUAUCUCAACCUUCUGAAUACAGAAGGGUGGGAAAGAAAACAUGCAAUGACUCAAAUAGUAUAUCACAAACUAACUUCAGUGUAGAAUCAGCACACCAAGAAGCUACUGGUCAGCCUGAAGAGGUCCAGGAGCUCAUAGAGAAGUCUGUAGCUGGAUCCAAGGUCAAUAGCUUGAGUUCUGCUCUAGAGAAGCUGCUGAAGGAGGCUUCUGAAGCACCACCUCCUAAAUCCAAACAUGCUGACAGCACAGCAUGGCGGACUGCUGAGGAGCAAGUUAAAAGGACAAGGUAUGAACAUGGUGGAGAAGUGCCGCAGGAAAUCAGUGAGACUGUAGAAAGGUCUGUUGCCCCAUCCAAGGCCAGUGACUUGAGUUCUGCUUUAGAGAGGCUGCUGAAGGAGGCCUUUGAAGCACCCCCUCCUAAACCCAAACAUACUGACAACACAGCACAGAGAACUGCUGAGGUGCAAGAUAAAGGCAUGACUUAUGAGCGUGGUGGAGAAGUGCCGCAGGAAAUCAGUGAGACUGUAGAAAGGUCUGUUGCCCCAUCCAAGGCCAGUGACUUGAGUUCUGCUUUAGAGAGGCUGCUGAAGGAGGCCUUUGAAGCACCCCCUCCUAAACCCAAACAUACUGACAACACAGCACAGAGAACUGCUGAGGUGCAAGAUAAAGGCAUGACUUAUGAGCGUGGUGGAGAAGUGCCGCAGGAAAUCAGUGAGACUGUAGAAAGGUCUGUUGCCCCAUCCAAGGCCAGUGACUUGAGUUCUGCUUUAGAGAGGCUGCUGAAGGAGGCCUUUGAAGCACCACCUCCUAAACCCAAACGUGCUGACAGCACAGCACAGAGAACUGCUGAGGUGCAAUGUAAAAGCACAACUUACAAGUGUGGUGGGGAGCUGCCUGAGGAAAUCCCUGAGAUAAUAGAAAAGUCUGUUGCCCCAUCUUCGGACAGUAGCUUGAGUUCUGCUCUAGAGAAGCUGCUAAAGGAGGCCUCUGAAACACCCCCUCCUAAGCCCAAACGUGCUGACAGCACAGUACAGGGGACUGCUGAGGUAAAAGCUAUGAGCACAGCCUAUGAGCAUAAUGGAGAGCUGGUGCAGGGAGUUGGUGAGACCACAGAGGGAUCUGCACUGUCCAACACUGAAUAUAGAGGGUCUGAUGUUAAUUUUCAGAAUCCACCCAAAGAGGUCUCUGAAACACCAGCUUCUGUGCUGGAAAAUAUGGAUAAGAAAAUCCAUGAUAAAAUACAGACUAGUGUAAGUAUAUAUGUUCCACAUCAACGAGACAGAGAUCACCCUCAAGAAAUACAAGAAACAAUAGAGAAAACUUCUGUUUCAAAUAUCGCACAAUUUGGUGAAUUCAGUCGCUCUUUAGAAAAACUACUUCAAGAAGCAUCUGCAGUUUCAUGUCCAAUCUCCAAUGAUUUAUAUCAGCAAGAAGAGUUUGAGGCUCAUACAUUACCCUCAGAAAAAGAAAAAGAGACUCUAUUCAUGACAAGGUCACAGCCAUACAAUGCCCUAAGUAGCUAUGAUACACAAAUGAAGAUAGUUCUUAAAGAGGGAUCUCCAGAAAAAUAUGUCAAAGCCUCAGUUAAGGAUCUUGCAGUAAGUGAAAUUGAAGCUUCUGGUCUUAAAAGAAAGGGAGCCAUUAAUAAAAUAGGAGAGACAAACAUGGUUCCAGUUGAUCUUCAUCCCUUGGAAGACAAGAUGAAUAUGGUUGCAGUAAAACCAUUUGAGAUAAAUGCUAAAGGGAUGAAUGAAAGAACAUUCUUGGAGGCUUCUGAACAGAAUACAGAAUUUCAAGCACUCGUGAAUUUCAGAAGAACAAGUACACCACUUAAAGAUGAAAGCAGCUCUCCCCAGCCAGAAGCUCAGUUCUGCCUAAUGUCUCACCAUUAUGAUAACAAUGAGGAGGAAGGCAACAAUUUAAAUUUGGGAUCCAAGUUUUCAGAUGAAAACUCUGAUUGCCGCUCUGGAACAGGAAGUUCAACUCGUUCUGAAGAAGAAUUAAACCCUGUUUUGAUGGCUUUGAAAAGGAGUGCAGAUAGGAAAAAGCCUUCCAAAAGUCUAGAGGACAUUCCAUCAGCCACCUCAAGUGAGCACAAAGCUUAUAAAGAAAAAAUAAAUAAACCAAAGGAAGAGUUAGUUCUUAGUGCUGAAGAUGGUCUGAAACCUGAUCAGCAUCAAGAGAGGACUGAAAAUGCAUCAGAAAUUUCCACAGUGACUUCACAGCCUGAUAAACCAUUUUCCAACCCUGAAAAACUCAAGGGACUGAGCAAGUCGGUACCAUCAUUCUUACAGGAAGAGAGUGAUGACAGAGAGACAGAUACAACAUCAGAAAGCAGUUAUUCCUUUGGCAGAAUCAAGAAGAGUCCCAGCUCUCUAACCAAUCUUAGCAGCUCUUCUGGCAUGGCCUCCUUAUCCUCUGUGAGUGGCAGCCUAAUGAGCAUCUACAGUGCAGACUUUGGCAAUGUGGAUGUGAAGGGGAACAUUCAGUUUGCCAUUGAUUAUGUGGAGCAGCUGAACGAGCUCCACAUCUUUAUUUGCCAGUGUAAAGACCUGGCAGUGGCAGAUGUUAAGCGACAGCGCUCAGACCCGUAUGUAAAGACCUACCUGCUUCCAGAGAAAUACAGACUGGGCAAACGGAAGACAUCUAUCAAAAAGAAAACUUUUAACCCAGUCUAUAAUGAAAUACUGCGGUAUAAAAUUGAGAAGGAGCUCCUAAAGAAUCAAAGCCUCAAUAUCUCUGUCUGGCACAAUGAUACCUUUGGCAGGAAUAGCUUCCUUGGUGAAGUGGAGUUGGAUUUAGGAGCUUGGGACUGGAAUGAUCCAUCCAAUAAGCAGAUCAACUGGUUUCCUCUCAAGCCAAGGACUUCAGCAAUAACACUUAAUCUAGAAAACAGAGGGGAGAUGAAACUAGCCCUCCAGUACAUCCCACAUCCAGUUGGAGGAAAGAAGACGCUAUCCACUGGUGAAGUCCACAUCUGGGUGAAGGAAUGCCAUAACCUCCCUCUUCUGAGAGGCAAUAGGCUCAACUCUUUUAUUAAAUGUACCAUUCUUCCAGACACCAGCAGAAAAAGUCGCCAGAAAACAAGGACGGUUUCAAAAACUACAAACCCGGUGUUCAACCACACCAUGGUCUAUGAUGGCUUUAGACCAGAAGAUUUGAAAGAAGCCUGCAUAGAACUCACAGUCUGGGAUCACAACAAACUGGCAAACCACUUUCUGGGAGGCCUCCGGAUAGGCCUUGGAACAGGCAAAAGCUAUGGAACUACAGUAGAUUGGAUGGAUUCUACUUCAGAUGAAACUGCCCUUUGGGAGAAGAUGAUGAACUCCCCAAACACGUGGAUAGAAGAUACACUACCUCUCAGGAUGCUUAUGGUUGCAAAAUUGACAAAAUAAGGUGGAUUUUUAUUUGUUAGCCUCAAAAAGGAACCUUGGGAAUUAAAUUAAAAGCAUGGGGGUGGAACUUGGGAGAGGAACACAGUAGUAGCUUUUUUGACAGUUUCUGCUCUGUUACUGUUCUGGUUUUGUGCUGUCAAAUGCCACUUUGUAUUUCAAACAUCUGCUGAUUGUUAUGUAAAUUGUAGGGAUUUUUAAAUUUCUUAUUCACUGAAAACAACUUCAAGAAAGAAGGUGCUUACAGAACUCAGUGUUAGGGGUAGCUGUGAUAGCUGGAUUACUGUGUUGUCCAACUGAAACAUUUCUGAUCCCUUAAAUGAUCCCAAUAAUCAGCAGAAAUAUAAGAGCAAGUCAACUGUUUCUGAACAUUGCUUGGAUUGUUCUUGAAGUCUUACUGAUAAGACAGCAAGAUUAGUGUUAAAGCUCAUUGGUAUGUAUUUGUAUCCUCAUUAUGCCAUGUUAGAUCUCACCAGCAUGGAACAUGGGCAUGAAGAAUUUAGUUUUUUGAAAGUUCCUCUAGUUGUAAUAGUACAUUUCUCGGACAUGAAAGUUACUUCCCCAAUGAAAGAAGCAUGUCAUGAAGUGUCACUGUUGAUGUCCUAUUCUACAAGUAGAAGAGGACUUAGUUCCAAUGUACUGUAAAAAAUCAGGGUUAUAAAAGGUUUGCUUUAUAUAUGUGUUAAUCAUCUUGCUAGCAUAAAAUACCUAGUCUUAAGUGCUGAAGAUGUGAAGGUGAAGUUUUUUUAAUUCCAAUCCUACUCAAAAUGUCAAUUUUAGCGAUGGCAAGAAUGUUGGGUAUUUAUUCUCCAAAGUGCCCUUGUUUGUACCUGUAUCCAUUAGUUUGGGGUUUUUUGCAAGAAGUGAACUUACCUGUGCUUCAGCGCCACCGUUAGGAGACUGGGAGGACUGUGGUGGGCUUUGCUUCGUUUUGAGGCAUAGCAAAUAAGACUGGAGUUUUUAACUUGUAGAAAUGCAUGCUACUGGUAGAUAAAUACAUGAAAUACAAAAUAUAUUCCUUUUGUUUCUUUUUUUUAAAUAAAUGCAACCUAUUUAA